CUUUCAUAAUAGCAACAACAAAACCUAUUUUGAGAAAACAUGGGGUCUCAAAUGACCUCUAUUACUCUCACUAUUGCAUUGACAAUACUCUCUCUCACCUUGCCAUCUCAAGCAAACAAUUACCUCUAUUCAUCUCCACCACCACCACCAAAACCUUACUACUACCAAUCUCCACCACCACCGGUGCACUCACCUCCUCCACCUUAUCAUUAUAGUUCACCACCACCACCAGUGCACUCACCUCCUCCACCUUAUCACUAUAGUUCACCACCACCACCACCAAAGAAAUCUUAUAAAUAUUCUUCUCCUCCACCACCGGUUUACAAAUAUAAGUCACCACCACCACCAGUGCACUCACCUCCUCCACCUUAUCACUAUAGUUCACCACCACCACCACCAAAGAAGUCGUACAAAUAUUCUUCUCCUCCACCACCAGUUUACAAGUAUAAGUCACCACCUCCACCGGUGUAUAAAUAUAAAUCACCACCACCUCCGGUUAAAAAACCAUAUAAAUACUCAUCUCCACCACCACCGGUGUACAAGUAUAAAUCUCCUCCACCACCGGUGUACAAAUACAAAUCUCCUCCCCCACCUGUAUACAAAUAUCAAUCUCCACCACCACCACCUAAGAAAUCAUACAAAUACCCAUCACCACCACCACCGGUUUACAAAUCUCCCCCUCCACCAUACAAAUAUCAAUCUCCACCACCGCCUCCUUACAAGUACUCAUCACCACCUCCACCAGUCUACAAGUACAAUUCACCCCCUCCUCCUUACAAGCACAUAUCUCCUCCAACACCUGGAAAGCCAUUCAAGUUCCCACCUCCACCAACACCGAUUUACAAAUAUAAAUCUCCUCCACCUGUUUACUCGCCACCACCCGUUUACAAAUAUAAAUCUCCUCCUCCACCUGUUUACUCACCACCUCCACCACACUAUGUCUACUCUUCACCUCCUCCACCGGUCUAUUCCCCUCCUCCACCUCAUUACAUAUAUGCCUCACCUCCUCCUCCUUACCACUACUAGAUAGUGGCUUACCGUAGUAUCCCAUGGAUUUGAGGAAUAUAUAUAAUAAUAUUGGAAAUAAAGAGAACAUAGUGCAAAGCAGGAAGAUGCAUUUCAAAAUAUACAAGGAAAAAACAACGGAAGGAAAGUUUCCAUGCACUUGGUCUCAAGAAAAGUCAUUAUUCUUUUCCCAUUUUGUUUUGUUAUGAAUUGUUAUUCUCAUUAUUGGAGUGCUUGGUUUUUGAAUUUAGACAAUUGUAAGGCACUGUGUGUGUAAUAUCAUAAACGAAUAAAGCUUUUUAUUUUGCAACUCA